GCUCAUUUCGAAUCCCACAACGCUGAACACGAUACGGUAACAGGAAAAGUGCGCGUCGUUUUUGGUGCACCCUGUGUAUGUGCGCGCGAGACUACGCGAGCGCGCAUAAAACCGCGAUGCAGCCACGCUCCGAACCAAUCGCACGCAAACUUGCACGCCGCUCGUUGACAUACAAAAUGAACAUAUUACUUACGACGUUGGCUAUCCUAGUGAUCGGGACUACCGCCGAAUCGAACAGCAAAGCGCGCACAGUAUGCUACUUCACCAACUGGGCUGUGUACAGGCCCGGCGUGGGCAGGUACGGCAUCGAGGACAUUCCGGUGGACCUGUGCACCCACAUCAUCUACUCGUUCAUUGGCGUCACUGAGAACACCAGCGAGGUGCUCAUCCUCGACCAAGAGUUGGAUGUCAACAAGUGUGGUUUCAAGAAUUUCACAGCGUUGCGGUCUUGCCACCCCAACGUCAAAUUCAUGGUCGCGGUGGGCGGAUGGGGCGAAGGCGGCUCCAAGUACUCCAAAAUGGUCUCCAAGAAUAACACCAGAACAGCCUUCGUCAGAAGCGUUGUUGAUUUCCUGAAGAAAUACGAUUUCGACGGGCUCGACCUGGACUGGGAGUACCCUGGUGCCAUCGACCGCGGUGGCUCCUCCUCCGACAAAGACAACUUCCUGUGCCUGGUGCGAGAGCUGAGGAGGGCCUUCAUCAGAGCCGGGAAAGGCUGGGAGUUGACUGCUGCCGUGCCACUUUCGAGCUCCAGACUGAACGAGGGAUACCACGUUCCGGACUUUCCGCCCUCAGGGAACUGGAUGCGGUCCACGUGAUGUCGUACGAUUUGCGUGGCAACAGCGAUGGUUUCGCCGAUUUAAAUUCUAUAACAGAAAACAGCAAGAAGCUGAACAAUUUGAACAUUUUCUUACUGACAAAAAUGUUAGCAAAUGAUUGUGAAUUUUGUACUAAUUGUAAAGAAAAAAUUAUUCGAGACAGGCUAGUUUUCGGUACAACUGACACAGAUUCGCAAAAUCAACUUAUAAAAAAAGGCGACCCUAACUUGGACGAUGUUGUUAGAAUGCUAAUAAUAACAGGAUUGAGUGAAGAUCACAUUCGUGACAUCAGAAAGUCUGAAGUAAACACUGUUUCUACAAACUUUAAAGAAACACAGAAUAAAAGACAAAAGCAAUCUUGUCUCAGAUGUGGAUAUGAGCAUAAAUAUGGUCAGUGCCCAGCCUUUAACAAGACGUGUGCAAAAUGUCAAGGAUCAGAUGUUAAUAUUAUUCCAAUCAAACUCUUUAAGCAAAUAGCAGCAAGCUCGUCUUUUCCUUUGCAGUUAAACAAAAGUUCAGCUGUGCUAGAGAGCUGGAAUGGGUAUAAAACACCUAUUGAAGGUACUAUUAGACUAACCACAAAUUUAAAUGAAGGAAAAUUUUAAGAACUUUUUUGUAUUGUCGGUGGAGACUUGUCAGUGCCCAUUUUAUCCCGGGACACUUGUGUCAAAUUAAAUUUAGUAAAAAGAGUGGAAUCAUGUGAAAAGACAUAUGACUUUGAAAAAGAAAUGUUGAUAAAAAAUAACAAGGAUUUAUUCACUGGCAUUGGUAAGAUUGAAAAACCAUAUGAUUUAAAAUUAAAAAAGAACUCUGUUCCAUCUUCGAAAACCCCAUAUAGAGUGCCAUUAAAAAUUAGGCCUCAGUUAAAAGCUGAACUAGAUAGAUUAACAAACUUGGGUAUAAUUUCAAAAGUUGAUGAACCCUCAGAUUGGGUAAAUAGGCUAGUAAUAGUUGAAAAACCAAAUGGUACUAUUCAUUUAUGCUUAGACCCUAAAGAUUUAAAUAAAUGUAUAGUAAAGGAUUAUCGUUCAAUCCCAACUGUUUCGGAAUUGUCAGUUAAAAUUCAGAAAGCUAAAUAUUUUUCGGUAUUAAACCUAAAAGAUUCAUUUUUUCACAUAGUACUAACAGAAAACAGUUCUAAAUAUUGCACAUUUUCUAGUAUAUUUGGCACAUACAAAUUUAAUAGAUUACCUUUUCGUAUAGCCGUAGCAUCUGAAGUAUUUCAAAAAUAUUUAUCUGAAUUUUUUUCCGAUAUUGAAGGGGUUAUAAAUUACAUAGACGAUACACUUAUCUUUGCAAGUACUGAGGAGGAAAUGAAUUUGAUUUUAGAUAAAGUUUUUUCACAAGCUAGAAAAUUUUAA